GCUCCUUCAUUCUUACCUUCCCUCACCCACUCCUUCCCUGCCCUUAGAAAGAGAAGAAAAAAAUCCACAAAAAUCAAGAACUCAAAGCUCAAAACUUUGUGAUUUUUUAGAUCAAACCCAAUAAAGAAUCCCAAGAAUGAAGAAGUGUGAGCUAUGCAAGAACCCAGCAAGAACAUACUGUGAAUCAGACCAAGCAAAUCUUUGUUGGAACUGUGAUACAAAAGUCCAUGGAGCCAACUUUCUUGUUGCUAGACAUGCUCGUGCUCUUCUUUGUCAGUCUUGUCAAUCGCUAACUCCUUGGAAAGCCUCUGGGUCUCAACUAGGGCACACUGUGUCUGUAUGUGAGAGAUGUAUGAUUUCAAAUGAGAAUAACAAUCGGGAAAUUCAAGAACAAGAAGAGAAUGGAAGUUCAGAUGAUAUAGAGGAAGAUAGUGACAGUGAAAGCGAUAGCGAUAGCGAUACUAAUGAUGAUGACGGUGGUGAUGAAGACGGUGGUGAUGGUGAUAAUCAGGUGGUGCCAUGGUCACCAACAACACCACCUCCACCGCCAUCUGCAAGCUCUUCUUGUUCUUGUACCAGUACUGAUGAUGAUGACGAUGCUGAUUUUGUUGAGUCUGUUAAUGUUCUUUCCUUCAAAAGACAACGUCUCCAGCGUGGCAGAGUGAUUUCCAAGAAUAUUUAGAAGGCAUAUGGAAUAAUGGAGAGCAGCUUUCGUUUCCUCCAUGUCGAGAAAAGGAAAGAAAAUUGCUGUAUCAGCAGCAGCAGCAGCAGCUUUGAGUGUGGUGCACAGAAGGUAUUUUUGAAACUUUAAAUUCCAUCCACUUGAUUGAGAGGUGGGUUUUGCUCGCUCAUCACACGCAAAAUGUCAGGUGUCAGAUAACCUAUGGCCAAUGUUGAGUCACUUUAGGGGAGAACAUAAGCCCUUCUGGGGGACCUCUCUGCAGCCCUGAGCCUGUGUCGUGUCUGUCCUUCUAUUUUCCAGUUUUUAUUUAUUUUUUAAAAUGUAUUUUUUAUUUGAAAAUAUAUUUUGAAAUAUACUUUUUUAAUUUUUAAUAUAUAUAAAUAAACAGAAGCUGCUUCUGAACAGGAUCAAGAUACAAACUACCUAAAGUCUCUGCCUGCCCUGCUCUGCUCUUCAAGCCUCACGAGUUCCAAUCCUGAGAAAAGCCCUGCCAACCAAACCACUUGAUUUGACAAGUGUCGUAACGCUAUUUAAUGUUCUUUAAAAUUAUUUUUUGAUUUAACAAUACAUUAAAAUAAUUUUUAUUUAUAUUAGAAAAAGUAUUGACACGUGUUUUCCUAUAUAAAUAUAUUUUUAGAACGAUUCAGUUUGAAUUUCAUAUCACCAUCACAUCUUGAAAUUCAAGGUGAUUUCUUCAAUUCGUGGGAAUCUUCCUUUUUAAGUACAAAUAAAAGUUUAUCAGGAAAAAUCAAAGAUAAAAAGAUUUGAAUAUUACUGGCAAAAAGGAAGGGGGGAAAGAAGCCUUAUCUCCUCGGUUAGUGGCUGUGGCCAUGGUUAACUCUUUAUCAAUGAUUAGAGUAAAUAACUAUGUUUAAUUUGUGUGGUUAGCCUUUGUUGUUCUUAUUAUUUUUAUUGGAGGAUAAGGGUAAUUAUUUAUUUGCAUCAAUUAAGAUUUUUUUAUUUUAA